AAAACAGAUUACGAGACAGGUUUUCUGUUUCUUGGAUAUUGAUAUUGCAUGUUUCGCGGUGCCGCUUCUCUGAGGCAACUGCUGCGACUUUCGGGGGCAUUGAAACCUGCGGGCUCCUAUUCAUACGGCAACACACUCGCGACUCAACGCACUGUUAAAAGGCAUUCCUUUGCCUCAUUUGCGCCAAUGGCAGGCACCGUCGAGGUCGAAACCGUCGAGAAGGAUGGGAAACAAUAUCGUUUGGUGAAAGAGGGAAAGGCGACCAUUUUGGUGCCCCAUGGUGCCAAGAUUGGAGAGGACCGAGGAGAAGUGCAACAGGUGUUUUACAACCCCAUCCAGCAGUACAAUCGAGAUCUGUCUGUGCUCGCCAUCAAGACAUACGGCGAAGAGAUUUUGGCGAAAAGGAAGGAAAAGAUUCUGGCAAAGUCAAACAAACUAGGGAAGAACAAAAAGCGAAAGCGAGACGAGACGGACGAGGCUGGCCCCUCAGCUGAGACGGAAACGACGUCGACUCUGCCUCCAGGCCAGGCCACCGAAGCUUCGGAGGAGCAAAAGACUCACAAAUCAACAUUCACGAUGCUGGAUGCCUUAUCGGCAUCCGGACUGCGAGCGCUUCGAUACGGCCACGAACUUCCCUUUGUCACUUCCAUUAAUGCCAACGAUCUGUCCAAGUCUGCGGCCGAGUCUAUCAAGCUCAAUGUGAGCCACAACGGCCUCGACGAUAUAAUCUCGGUAACCAACGAAGAUGCGCUUGCACACAUGUACCGCGCAAUCGCAGACGGCCUCUCCAAGAGGGAUCGCCACGGCAAUCCGUCCAAGUCUCACAAAUUUGACGUGAUCGAUCUGGACCCAUACGGAACCGCUGCACCCUUUUUCGACGCUGCGUUACAGUCUGUAAGAGAUGACGGCGGUCUUCUAUGCAUUACCUGCACUGAUAGUGCCGUGUGGGCGGGACAUAGCUACUGCGAAAAGACUUUUGCCUUGUAUGGCGGUACUCCGAUUAAGGGGAUGCACUCUCACGAGGCUGGACUGCGAUUAAUCCUGAAUGCCGUUGCUACGUCUGGCGCCCGGUACGGGUUGAGCAUUGAGCCUUUGCUGUCCCUUUCCAUCGAUUUUUACACAAAAGUAUUCAUCAAAGUUACCAAAUCACCGCAAGCUGUCAAGUUCCUGGGCUCGAAAACCAUGAUUGUGUACAGCUGUGACCACGGUUGCUCCGCCUUUGAGACACAAUAUCUCCUAAGAAGCAAACCGACUCCGAACAAAAAGGGCAGUGGAUCGUUUUAUAAGCACGGCAUGGCGGCAGGACCACCAACAGACAGACACUGUCAACAUUGCGGGAACAAGAUGCACGUCAACGGCCCAAUGUAUGGAGGCCACAUCCACUCGGCCGAGUUUAUUGAAAAGCUUCUUGAACAAAUCCCCAAUGCAUCACCGGAAGUGUAUGGAACUCUCCCAAGAUUGGAAGGCAUGCUACGAACGGCCUUGGAGGAGAUCAUUCCAGGCCCCGAGCCGGAUCCCACGGUAGAUCCCAAAGACGCCAAGCAUGCAGAGAUUGACAACUGUCCCUUCUUUGUCAUUCCUUCUAAGCUAGCAACAGUGGUGUCUUGCCAGGCUCCCAGCGACGACAUGUUCCGCGGCGCUUUAAUACAUCUCGGAUACCAAGUUGGGCGAAGCCACUGCCGACCUGGCAGCGUCAAGACGGAUGCGCCUUGGUCUACUCUCUGGUGGAUCAUGACAGAAUGGAUUCGUCAAAAGUCUCCCAUCAAAGCGUCGAAAUUCACCCCGCUGAUGCCUGGUUGGAAAAUUCUGCAUUCCGCCGGAUUGGUUGGUCGAGAAGAUGGAGCAGUGCCACAGGAAGCCGACAGCGAAAUGGAAGAUGCCCAGGCAGCAACAACGGCGGAUGCUCAGAGUGAGGAGGCGACGAAUAAGGGAGAUGAGCAAGUCACAAGCCCGAGCGAGUUGGAGCUGCGGAAAACGCUGGUGUUCAACGAAGAGCUCGCACAGCUGGGCCGCCUGCGGGAUGCUCAGAAGCUGGUGCGGUACCAGAUGAAUCCCCGGCCAGACUGGGGCCCUUUGUCCAAGGCCAAGGCGUCAUGAUGGCUGGAAGAUGGAAAAGAUGAUGAAUGAAUGUAGAUGUAUAUAUGAUUGGACUUUUAGUAUAUUUGCGGUAAU